AUGCUGGAAUCAGCAGCCACUGCCUUUGCAUCCAUCAUCGUCUUGGGAACAGGAUUCGGACUUGGUGGCUAUCUCUACCACAAGUCAUACAAAUGGCUGGUAUUACACAAGAUGGAAGGUGCUUUCGAACCAGGCGAUCCAGUCCUCGAGCUCGCAGCUAUAGGCAAACAAAUCCCCAACACGAUCGCCAGCCAAGGCCCAGAGCAAGAAGCCCACUGGAUCUUACGGGAAGAGCAAACCAAGAUUGACGCAAUCGUCAAUGGCACCGAUCACGGACACUAUCAUCUUCUAAUAGGAGAGAAGGGGACAGGGAAGUCCAGUAUGCUGCUCGAUGCUAUGAAGAAGGUCGACGGCGAAGGAAUCAGCAUGUUCGAAGCACAUGCAGACCUGGAGAUCUUUAGAGUCCGGCUGGGGAAAGCAUUGGACUUCGAGUUCCACGAAGACUACAUCGGUUCGUACUUCUCCGAGAGGGGUCCGAGGGAUUCUACAGCGCUUCUAGAUAUCGAACGUGCCUUCAACAAGCUGGAAAAGGUAGCCCUGAAAAGACGAAGGAGAGUCGGCAGGCCAUUAGUCCUCAUCAUUAAUGCAGUGCACCUCCUUCGAGACGAUGAAGAUGGAAGAGACCUAAUCGAGCUACUACAACAACGAGCCGAGCAAUGGGCAGCCAGCAAUCUCGUGACUAUGGUCUUUAACAGCGACGAUUACUGGGUGUACGAACGACUAAAAGUACUAGCAACACGCAUGGAAGUCACAUCCGUCACGGAUCUCCCCAGACUCCAAGCCCUGACCGCCCUCGCCAAAUACCGCGCAAAAUACCACAAAGAAGUCCCCACCUCCGAGAUCCUCGGCGAAGUCUACAGCCGCGUCGGAGGCCGCCUCACGUACCUAAACCGAGUUGCGAAAUCAAAGGAUAUGAUCAAGACAUGCGACGAGAUCAUCGAUGUUGAGCGACGGUGGUUUUUGAACCAAUGCUGGAUUUUGGGCAUGGAAAUGGAUGAUGAUGUGAUGGAUCAGCAGAAAUACGCCGCCGCAGCAAUGGUCCUAGCCCUCGCCCUCGUAAAACGCGAAUCCGAACUCGCCUCGCAACCCAACCCAGACGGCUCCCACAACAUCCCGCAAAUCCCGCUGCACAUUGCGCGGCAGAUUAUGACGCGCGCAGAUUUCAUCCGGGAAUAUGAUCAUAUCAACCUCUUCACCAUAACUUCCAGCGCCUUCGUGCGGGCGGAUUCGGUGCCGAUGCAAAGGGCGUUUCGGAGUAUUUGUUGCGAGGAGGGCUUCGAGGCACAUCUCGAGGCUACGCUGCAGCGCAUUAGCGAUAUUGAGAGUCUGGGGCGCACGCGGGAGUUGGUGGCGAAAGAUUUGGUGCUAGGGGGUCGGUAUAAGUUUUUGUUGACGGAUGGGGAGAGGAGGGGCGAGAAGGUUACAGAGGUUGUGUUGGAAGAAAAGGCGGAGGAUGGUGGUUAG